AUGGCCAUCGGUUUCAUUAAAAGUCUUUUUGCUUCUCCGGAGGUGAAUCCAUCCAACAGGAAAGCUAAGACUAUUCCUAUUCUCAACCCCGUCGACCAAUAUGGUCGGGUUUUCUUCUUCUCAUGGCUUGGCUUUAUGGUGGCAUUCCUCUCAUGGUAUGCUUUCCCACCACUGUUGACGGAUACAAUCAAGAAAGACCUUCAUAUGAGCCGAGCGGAUGUUGCAAACUCCAACAUAGUGGCACUUCUUGCGACUCUUCUUGUUCGACUUGUCUCCGGUCCCCUGUGCGAUCGAUUCGGCCCACGCUUGGUGUUUGUCGGCCUUCUACUGGCAGGGGCUAUUCCGACCGCUAUGGCGGGCCUGGUGACAACACCCAAGGGACUGAUCGCCCUGCGGUUCUUUAUUGGAAUCCUAGGCGGCACUUUUGUUCCAUGUCAAGUCUGGUGCACUGGGUUCUUUGACAAGAACAUCGUGGGUACAGCGAACUCACUAGCCGGGGGCUGGGGGAAUGCGGGUGGUGGGAUAACCUACUUCGUUAUGCCAGCUAUCUACAACUCCCUUGUGACGUCGCAGGGUCUGACCCCUCAUAAAGCAUGGCGUGUAGCCUAUGUCGUGCCAUUUAUCAUCAUCACCGCGGUGGCAUUGGCAAUGCUGUUCCUUUGCGAGGAUACUCCGACUGGAAAAUGGUCGGAGCGACACCUCUGGGCUCAAGAAUUCAGCCAGCCUCAGAUACCGUCUGAGGGCAACAUCGUUGAGCUCCAUGCGAGCAGCACGCCAACCGACGUCUCGAGCCCUCCGUCUACAUACAACGGGAUGACAGUCGAUGUGGAGAAGAAAGGGACCCAAAGCCCUCGCAUCCUGGACAGAGACAUGCCGGCGGUGGGGCAAAUCAACAACUUCAGACCAGAAGCCGUGGUUGCCCCGUCGCGGAAAGAAGCGUUGGCCGUGGCUUUCAGUCUUUCCACUAUGGCCGUCGCAAUCCCUUACGGGUGCUCGUUUGGGGCUGAGCUCGCGAUCGACUCUUCCUUGGGCAGUUACUACGCCGCCAAUUUCCCAUCUCUGGGGCAGACUGGAUCAGGUCAAUGGGCGGCCAUGUUUGGUCUGCUGAACAUCAUCUUUCGCCCUGCGGGCGGCUUCUUGGGGGACCUGGUAUACCGCUACUCAGGUAGCCUCUGGUCGAAAAAGCUGUUGCUGACCUUCCUGGGGGUUGUCACGGGUGCCUUUCUUCUGGCGGUUGGGCUUACCAACCCAACCGAAGAGGCGAACAUGUUCGGGCUCAUGGCUGGAAUGGCUUUCUUUCUGGAGGCGGCUAAUGGAGCUAUCUUCGCACUUGUGCCUCAUGUGCAUCCGUAUGCUAACGGCAUUGUCUCUGGUAUUGUAGGAGGCUUUGGUAACCUCGGGGGUAUCAUCUUCGCGAUUGUUUUCCGAUACAACGGCUCGCAGUACGGAAGGUCAAUGUGGAUCAUGGGGGUGGUCGCUCUAGCGGCCAAUAUCGCCGUUAGCUGGAUACGGCCUGUUCCGAAAGCCCCUGUAAUCUCUCCAUGA